AUGGCGGGCUGCCCGCGCCGGGCGCUGGGCGCGGCGGGGCCGCUGCUGCCGCUGCUCUGCGCGCUGCUCCGCGCCGCCGCCGACACCAGCACCGGCCGGGGUUGGUUAAAAACUUAUGGCUACUUACUUCCAUCUGACAGCCAAAUGUCUCCCUUGCAGUCAGGAAAAGCUGUGCAGUCUGCAGUUGCCACUAUGCAACAGUUUUAUGGAAUCCCAGUAACAGGAGUUUUGGACCAGACAACUCUUGAGUGGAUGAAAAAGCCUCGAUGCGGAGUUCCGGACCAUCCCCACCUGCGUCGCAGCCGGAGGAAAAAGCGGUACGCGCUCACCGGCCAGAAGUGGAGACAGAAGCACAUAACCUACAGUGUACACAACUACACCCCCAAGGUUGGCGAGAUCGAUACCAGGAGAGCCAUUCGUCAGGCCUUUGAUGUUUGGCAGAGAGUGACACCACUUACCUUUGAAGAGGUCCCUUACCAUGAAAUUAAAAAUGACAGAAAGGAGGCAGAUAUUAUGAUCUUUUUUGCUUCUGGUUUCCAUGGAGACAGUUCUCCGUUUGAUGGAGAAGGUGGAUUCCUGGCUCAUGCUUACUUUCCUGGACCAGGAAUUGGAGGAGACACUCACUUUGACUCAGAUGAGCCAUGGACCCUGGGAAAUUCUAACCAUGAUGGGAACGAUCUUUUCCUGGUUGCUGUCCACGAGCUGGGGCACGCGCUGGGGCUGGAGCACUCCAACGAUCCCAGCGCUAUCAUGGCUCCUUUCUACCAGUACAUGGAGACACACAACUUCAAACUGCCCCAGGACGACCUCCAAGGGAUUCAGAAAAUCUACGGUCCUCCUAUAGAGCCCCUGGAGCCAACCAGGCCUUUACCAACUCUUCCUGUUCGCAGAAUUCACUCCACUUCAGAGAGAAAGCACGAGAGGCAGCCACGACCCGCCAGCCCUCCCCUGGGUGAUAGGCCAGCCCUCCCUGGCUCCAAACCAAACAUCUGUGAUGGCAACUUUAACACUGUGGCUCUCUUUAGAGGAGAAAUGUUUGUUUUCAAGGAUCGCUGGUUCUGGCGUCUGCGCAACAACCGCGUGCAGGAGGGGUACCCCAUGCAGAUUGAGCAGUUCUGGAAGGGCCUCCCUGCCAAGAUCGACGCUGCCUAUGAGCGCUCUGAUGGCAAAUUCGUUUUCUUCAAAGGAGAUAAGUACUGGGUUUUUAAGGAGGUGACGGCAGAGCCGGGCUACCCUCACAGCCUGGUGGAGCUGGGGAGCUGCCUGCCCCGCGAGGGCAUCGACACCGCGCUGCGCUGGGAGCCCGUGGGCAAAACCUACUUCUUCAAAGGGGACAGGUACUGGAGGUACAACGAGGACAAGAGAGCAACGGACCCAGGCUACCCCAAGCCCAUCACCGUGUGGAGAGGAAUCCCUCAGGCUCCUCAGGGGGCUUUCAUCAGCAAGGAAGGCUUUUACACCUACUUUUACAAAGGGAAGGAGUACUGGAAGUUCGAUAACCAGAGGCUGAGUGUGGAGCCAGGCUACCCCAGGUCGAUCCUCAAGGACUGGAUGGGCUGUAACCAGAAGGAAGUUGAGCGGAGCAAGGACCGGCGCCUCCCGCACGACGACGUGGACAUCAUGGUGACAAUAAAUGACGUGCCCAGCACUGUCAAUGCCAUCGCAGUGGUGAUCCCCUGCAUCCUGUCUCUGUGUAUCCUUGUCCUGGUAUACACAAUCUUCCAGUUUAAAAACAAAGAGGUGCAGCAAAAUGUCGUGUACUACAAAAGACCUGUCCAGGAAUGGGUAUGACACAGCCUGCUGCACAUUUCAACUCAUUGAGCUGAUGAGGACUAUGGACACACACAAAAAAGUGGAAAAAAUGCAUUGAAAAGCCUACCAAACAAAACUACUUCAGUGACCUACAAGUUUUGGACACCCUGGGAUGGAAAUAAGCAGGAAAACUGGAAAAAAUACAGGCAGGCAGCCUUGCAGUGUGGAGCCUCUUUCCUUUGUACUGCUUUGGUCACCUGCCAGCCGCGGUGCCAUCCACUGGCUCGCUCUGCCAGCACCAGAGUCUUUGAGACAGGUUUCAACUGAUCUGGGAAACUUCCUUCAGUUCCCUGCACCAGUGCUCCCUGUUAAACCCAGCAUUCUCCAGUGUAGCUAAACCACCUCUGAACAGAACCAUUUUUUUAAUAGCUCUCUCAUAAAUUAAUUAAGAUCAUGAAAUCUAUGAACAAGAACAAUUUCAGUGUCAUAAGCAGAAGACAUUCUGAUGCUGAAUCAUUCUAAAAAAUCUUCUUAGUUUAUUAAAAAAUCCAGGGAUCUACCUGGAUACGAUUUUCCAAUACCUGCUGGUCAGAUGUUUUGUACAUUCAUAACUGAUCAAUGCUGCCACUCAGCACAGUGCACGAGGAACCACCAAGCACUCAAAGAGGUACCGGAGUGCAGAGCAGAAGCUCAAGAAGCACCAAACCAGACACCUGGCAACAUCAAGCCCUAGACUGGGACAAUCUGAAGACAAAGUAAUUGGGUCUUAAAAAACAACCAAACCAAUCAUGGUUUUUGUUUUGGGAGCCACUCAUGAAAGAAAUAUUUAAAUGUUAUGUAAGUUAGUUUAAGCUCCCGCCAGCAAGAACCGAGGAACCAAUGGUUACCAAAAUACGGGGAAUGAGUAUAGACAGACUGCACUCUGCCCGUUCAGACGCUGGGAAAAGAUGAGUUGUUGUUCCGUGGCAUGUGUAACUAGAUUGUGGAAUUUGUAUGUUGGGUUUCAGGAGAAUGGAAAUGUUUGUUUGGAGUGAGGUCGUCAUUAUAUUUUGGUGAAAUAAUCAAGGUUCGGUAAGAAUUAGGCCUGUUUAUAAAACUAAAUCCAACCCCCGUAGAUGUUUCAAA